AUGACCACUGGUAUCGAAUAUAUACACGGAUGGGUCCGUACUUUGGAACUGAAACGAUAUGCAAAGGAUUCUUUGCCCAGUACUGUGCGCGCUAUAAUGAGAUUCCUUUUUAAAGAUAUACUCCUCAAUAUAUUUAGCUAUAAGGGACAAAAAGGAAAAAAGGUGUUCUACACAUUAACAAUAUGUUCCGUUAUAUUUGACUCCAUCAAGCUUAAAAAAAAGUUCAAUAAAUAUGAUACUAUUGACGUAGAGACACCUCUGAGGAUUUUCAUUUCUGGUGCUAAGUUCAGAGAUAUUCCUAAAACUAAAAUUAUUCAAGCUGCAGAUAAUACAAUAUACAGUGGAACCUCGAUAAGUCGAAAACCUUGA